CUUUCGGAUAGUGCCGCUUCCCAAUGUCAUGUGCUCUACUGAUGGCGAGCUGACUUUCCCUCCAUCGACAAACACAACUGCCUUCUGCAUCGCGACCCGUUGAACACUCUCCAUCCAAACGUUCUCGAACAUCUCAGUCGCUCUGCUUUUGGCAUCAAGGGGGGCCGUUUACAAUACUCGAGCUCACUACUGCACCUUAUCGUCAGUCAUUUGGGGGACCCCGUUUGGACCCCACUCCGGCAUCAAGAUUUGUUUACCUGACAACUCAACGACCUACAUUACACCGCUAGAGUCUCUUCAUCACCUGCGAGACAACAACUAUGGAUUCUAUGCGCAGCCUCAACACCUCCCUGCCCGGUACUUCGGCGACGAGGCAGACGGCCCAAAAUGACUCCCCUGAGCAACUCCUCGACGCCUUCAAGGCCGCAGCGCUCUCGGUGACAAAACUUUACAAGACAUCAGCGGCCGCUCAGUCCAAGGCCCGCAUGGAUGGAUACCAGGACUGUCUCGAUGACCUGCUGGCGUUCCUAGACAAGGAGAAAAUUGGCCUGGGCGACGGCGAUGGUUGGAGGGUUCGAAGCUGGGCGACCGAACGCCUGGAUGGGAGGGAAAGUUCGCAAACCGCCGAAAGCGACGAUGAGGUUGAUAAGGCGGAGACUGCUUCGUCCCCGGAGCUCAACAGGACGAACAGUGGCACACAACUAUCAGCGAUGCGGGCCGAAAGCCAGAUGAGGACGGACUCGGCACCCCCUAGCAUCCCUCAGGCCGUGGAAGAAGAGGAGGGACCCGAACCCGUAUCAAUCACGGUGCCGACGGCAGACUCAUUCACCUUUCAAUCCUCGCACCCCUGGCCACCUCAACAACCGCAGCAAGAUGCCUACCUUAACCUCGCGAACCUGGAUCUGUCCGAUUCUCGGACACACGACACCUCAUCGACAAACGCGAACCCCGCAGGCCGUACUACAAGACCACGACACGCGGCAAAUAUCCCUCGCUCGGCGUCAAGGCAAGGGAGCAACCUCGGUCGCGGCGCUGGGUCAAAACGCAAAAUCAAUUUUGCAGAGAUCUUCGACCUCAGCAGCCUGGACAAGAACAUGUUUGGCGGCGGACCGAAGCGCAGCCGGCACACAUAAGAGUCUGUCGCUACGCAACUUCUUCAUUUUCGACAACGGUCAACUAGGAACCAUUCCACUGCACAAGAUCUUGUCUUCAUUGUCUACUACGGUUUCUUCGGACAUGUCUUGACGACGGGAUUGAGCGAGCAUUGACGUACAUCUUCCUGGAGGGCGGGGCAAGGGAGAGGGACGGGAUUAGGAGCAUUAGAAGUGCGUCACGAGAGGCGUUGGUUUGGUUUUAUGAAGGUGCAUGGGCGGUGUUUAGGUUGGGACUGUUUAUUGCGAUGAUGCCAAAUCUGGGACGGCUAGCUAGUCCACGGUCCAUAGCUACACACAUAUCAUUAUCUCCUCAGUCGAACUCCUGGCGGUGUUGGCGGCGAAAUCAAGCCAACCUCCCAACAAAACAGAGGUAAUCGUCACAAGCACAUUUUGUACUGUCGCAAUUUGGUUAUCCGAGUGACGUCUUCCGUCGCGUUAUCGAGAAAGGUUUCGGGUUUCGGAAUUCCAGAUCUUCGGGCGGUUUGUUAUGCAGUAUGCGGUAAUAAAGGAGGACGGAACCUCCAAAACAUGUUUCACCAACUGACAAACACCCGUCGCCGCAAACUUGGGCUCAUCCCAACUCUAGAUCGCCUCUCUCAUCCAAACUACCGCUUUACAGUCUCGCCUCGAGCCCGGGGGGUUCGAAAGUCCCUCAAACCGGCCAACCCCGUUUUUUUUGCUUGCGACUUAAGAGUCAUGGGUGAGUUUGUGCCCCACAUUUCACGUAGAACCUGCCAGAGUCUUCAUGCCCAACCCGCCACCCCCGAUACUUCAUCCAGUCCAACAAAUGGAACUUCUAGAACAACUUCGUGGGCAGCUACACCAUCCAGGGAUGGCUUCAGGAGUAAAGUGAACCCGGAUAGAAGUGCAACCAGCAUUCUACCAUCAAGGUGCUCCGGAUCUAGUUGCUGUUUUAGACCGCCUCAGCACACGGGAAGACCCCUUGCUGGAGACUCCCCACCGAGCACCACGACGGGUAGGGACGAUACCACUACCGAGUCAACGAGUUCCCCUGUUCGCCCCCACAGCACAUGCACACAUUUCGCCGACAACCCAAUUGAAGCCUGACCCAGCCUGUAUAACAGCCUUUGGCUGCGACACAAGAUAUCCACAUUCGAUUCUGACAUUUCUCAAAAUCGUGUCUUC